GAGAGAGUGAAAGUGAAACAGACUUCAUGUAGUGCUCGGUGGUCCCAGAUGUCGGUCGUGUCAGUUCUGUCUCGCUUCUUCAGGAGGUUUGUGAUGGACUUCCUUGCCUUCCUGUCUCCAGUGUUAGGUUAUGGGUUAAGGUUAUGGCGCAUAGCAGGUAUCAUAUGGCGCUGUACUGUAAAAACGGCCUGCCAAAUAGCCAGAACUGUAUCAAGAGCGAUACGCUGGCCAAAGGAAACCGAGACAAGAGGCCCGUUUGAGCCCGGACCGGGUGAAAUAAGCGACGACGAGGACGAACUUCCGGCGAAAAGUUCCCUUCAAUCGAGGGUCGAAGGGUCCGACUUUGAGGGUCAACAUGAGGCAGCGGUUGGGGAGAGGGCCGCCGCCGCCGCCGCCUCCAACAGAGAGCUGCCAGUGUCAGCAGAGUGCGAAGAAGAAGAGGAGUUUGACAACGAGCAGUAUCGGGUUAGAACCACAGAUGAGUUGUACUGUGACUAUGAUUCAACCUGGGAGACCGAGGAGACUGAGGAGGUUCGGCAAAGAACAAGGUCCAGAAGAUCAGCAGCGUCCAGAUACAACAAGUUCAGCAGAUUUGAAACUGCCGCAAUAGACAUGCAGAACUACAGGCAUGACUACCCUUCCCAGAACAUGCAGUAUGGCUGGAAAACGAAAAGAUCUGAUGACAAGCCUAACUUGAACUUCUACCUCGGAGAGAAGCCCUCUGAACCAGACGGUAUCUACAUAAAUGCCUUCCACAAUCAGUGGUCUAAAGACUAUGCUUCACUGGAGUAUGUACACACGUACAUUCAGUGGUUGUUCCCACUGCAAGAACCAGGGGUGAACUAUGAGGCCAAACCAUUGACAAAAGAAGAAAUUAAGGAUUUUCUUCAAAGCGAGACUGCAAAGAAAAAUCUGUUGAAGUCGUACAAGCUCAUGUUGGGCUUCUAUGGUAUCGAGUUGUGUAAUGAGGAAACAGGAGAAGUCCGGAGAGCACCAAACUGGAGAGAAAGAUACUACAACCUUAAUAACCACACACAUAACAGCCUGCGCAUCACCCGCAUCCUCAAGUGCCAGGGAAAUCUGGGGUUCCCCCACUACCAAGCCCCCCUGGUCCGCUUCUUCCUGGAGGAGACUCUCGUCCACGGACUACUGCCAAAUAUAAAGGACAGCGUUCUCAACUACUUUUUGUUUGCUGUCCUCGAUAAGAAGCAGCGCAGGCGUCUUAUCAAGUAUGCCUAUUUCAACUAUGACCGUAAAGAUGAGUUUGUAUGGUGCCCAAAGAAAAUUCAGACAAUUUGGUCUAGGCUUAGCCAAGAAUCAAGAUUCUGAGGCUGAACAGUGGUGAUUAAGCCAAAGAGGAGUUACAUGAAGCAGCCAAAAGCAGAAUGUGCCCCAAAUCCAUUCUACAUACUCAUUCUAAACACUUCACACUAACCAUCAUAGAUUCAAAAAGAAGCCAAUUAAAGUUGACAUCAAAAUCAUAAUUUUCCUAAAAUGUUAUACUUUUUUUUUUGUUUGUUUUUCUGAGAUUUGUUGGAGCUAUUUCACCAUCACCCACAAUGUACUUACAUUUUUAGCAGCAGUGAGUUGCUCCUCCAAUUCCUUUGUGUGUUACAUUGAGAAGGACUAAUGUGCAUCAACAGUACACUCAAAGAUGAGCCACAUUUAGUAUGCAUACUGUGUGCUUUAAGUAUACUUCAUUUUGUUACUUUUCUAGUGUGAAUACACUCCACAUUCUAACAGCCUGCUCAGAAUCCAUGGCGUGUCUGAAAACCUGAUGUGUCUGCCGCCAUAGGUUAUAGUUAUAUUAGAUUUGCCUUCAGCAGCAGUUAGCGGAGGAGGUUAUCACAAAGCACAAAUAACUGUAAUAUAGGGCUCAUUUACAUCUGCUAAUGUAAUGCAGAUAAAAUAUCCAGCCCUGAAGAGAAUGUCACAUAGGGUCAAAGACAGAAGACGGGGGCGGCGAUGAUGAAUUAUCUAGUGACGAAGAGGCAUAUUCUCCACACACUGCACAUUAUCUUCACAGGGAAAUUUCCUAAAUCGUUCAUAAACAUUUAUUGGGCUUUAUACACUGAACCAAAAAGUAUUGUUAUACGUGUAAAUUAUUUUGUGGCUUUUAGUAUCCACAGUUUGAUUCCUGGACUUUCUAUUCUUGUUUUGUUCUUUAACUUUCACAAACACAUGGAUGUUUUAUACAGAAAAAGUUGUGGUGUUGAAAAAUGAAGCACUCUAAGAAUUGUUUAACAGUUUGGACUGUGUUCUUAAUUGUGUUUUCUUGUUUGUAUCCGGUUGUUUUACAUGGAGAAUUAAUAAAAUGUACCUAAAUGCCUUACAUGA